AGCACCACCUCUAAACCUAGUACCCCUCAGUCUCUUCUCGACCAACAACGUCUCCGCCGCCCCGUCUCCCCACACAUUACGAUCUACAAAUGGGAAUACCAGUCCCUAACCUCAAUCCUACAGCGUUUCUCCGGCUCAUUUCUAUCGGGGAGUCUGUAUCUGUUCUUCGGCGGGUAUCUGCUAGCGCCACUCGUCCUCGAAACGAGCGCGUUCGACGUGAAUAGCAUCAUAGCUACGCUCGCCGGAGUGCCCGUGAUGGUUAAAACGGCGGUGAAGUUUGUCGUCGCUUGGCCGUUUACGUAUCAUUUCUUCAACGGCGUUAAGCAUCUGCUGUGGGAUAAUGUGCUGGCAUUGGGGAGUAAAAGGGCAAUUAGGAAUUGUGCCAGGGUUGUUGCGGGAUGUAGUUUCGUCGGCGCCGUGGUGUUGGCGGCUUUGUAG